GCCGAUGAGAAGAAGAAGGUUAAGAAGAAGAAGACCAAGGAAGAGGGAGGUACUUCUGAAACCGCUUCUGAAGCCGCAUCUGAGGCCGCAACCCCAGCACCAGCUGCCACUCCAGCUCCAGCUUCAACCACUGGAUCGAAGAGAGCGUCAGGUGGCUCACGUGGCUCAAAGAAAUCGAAGCGCGCUGGUUCCAGCGUGUUCUCCGUUUUCUCGCAGAAACAGAUUGCCGAAUUCAAGGAAGCUUUCCAACUAAUGGAUGCCGACAAGGAUGGCAUCAUUGGCAAGAACGAUCUGCGCGCCGCUUUCGAUUCCGUUGGCAAAAUCGCCGCCGAUAAGGAAUUAGACCAGAUGUUGGGUGAGGCCUCCGGCCCCAUCAACUUCACACAAUUGUUGACCUUGUUCGCCAACCGUAUGGCAUCAUCCGGUGCCAACGAUGAAGAUGAUGUUGUCAUUGCCGCUUUCAAAACAUUCGAUGUCGAUGGUCUCAUUGAUGGUGAUAAAUUCCGUGAAACACUCAUGAACUUCGGUGACAAAUUCUCCGCCAAGGAGUGUGACGAUGCCUGGGAUCAGAUGGUCAUUGACGAUAAGAACCAAAUCGAUACCGCCGCCCUUAUUGAGAUGCUCACCGGCAAGGGUGAGGAAGAGGAGGAGGAAGCCGCCGCAUAAACAGCGCUACACUCUACACUCUAGCAACAACACCAGCAAACAAAUAAGUAAAAACAAAAAAAAAUUAUAUAUAAUAUUAAAAAAAAUAACCUUUAAUACAAAACACUAAGAUCCUGUUUUGAAAACCAAAAAAAAAUGUAUCUUUACUUUUUUAAAAAAAUAAUUAACAACAACAUACUUUGUGUGUAAACUUACGCAUUCAGUUAUUUGCCAGAAACAACCACAACAACUUUUCUUCAGUGCAAAAAAAAGAGCAUUAAAAAAUUAGUCCCUAUAUUAGUGUGCGCUAUGAAGCAAUGAACAGUUAACUGCAAGAAUUGAAAGCAAAGCAACAAAUGUGUAACGGCACGAAGAAAGUUUCGAAACAAUUUGUGUAUUGUACGCAGAGAUGCGCCCCUCCACCUGCAUCGCGCAACGGUUAGAUGUCAAGCAACAACUGGCAGCUAGUUUUUUAGUUGAUAAUUUAAAUUUUAUAAAAACAACAAACAAACUAAAAAAAAUACUAAAAUAUUAUUUUAGCAAAAACCAAAAAAAAAAAAAAACAAAUAAGAAAAAUCAACAAAAAACUUUAAAACAGAAAACAUUCGCGGAUUUUUAUUUGUUGUAGCAGUCCAUUCAACCAACAUCAAGCAUAACAACAAUUGUCCAAAUUCUUUGCACACUCAAUUUAGGGACGCGUGUUCUAAACGUCACACUUGGGUUUGUUUCAGCGCAGUUUAUGGCGACAAGUGUAGGCCAUUACACAAUUAUUAGUAACUAUUAGCAACAAUACACGUUUAUUGUUAUUAACUAUUAUUGCAAAUAAGCUUAGUACGAAUAGACAAACAAGAUAUGAAGUAGUA